UGCUCGUUUUUGGGAUGUUUUUUUUAUAAAAUUGAAUUAGUUUUCUUGAACAAUUCAUAAUUGUUUGGUUGCAAUUAAUUUUUAAAUCGUUUAGCCGCGUAUACGACGAUUUGGAGUGUGUGAUUCUGUACUACGUGUGGCCCAAUCAUAGGCUCAUGAUUGCAAGUUGUAAACAUGGGUUUGGACUUCGACGUUUUAGAGUUUUGUAAGAAAUUGCGUCAAAACCGUCCGCCGCCGUACCAGUGUCCACUGGAGAAAUGUGACAAGGUUUACAAGAGUCUCUGUGGGCUGCAGUAUCAUUUGGUGCACUACGACCAUGACAAUCCUACACCGGCGACCCCGACUGUUGCUCACAAUCGCAAGAAGAGAGGCGCGUUUAAGACUCCAGUCGCCACUGGAGAUAUUGCACUCCAGAGCCCGCCCAAAGAAGCCUUGACUUUCGCUGAAGCUCAGAAAGUGGUGCAGUUUGAGGUAGAUGGCAAAAUUAGUAGAAUUCCCAUUGACCAACCACUGCCUAUCAUGUCUUUGGAAGAGUGGGAGAAGAAGAAUGCUGAGCUUGAUAAACCACUGCCUUAUGUGGAGCCCCCAGUUGAGCCUCAUGUCAAAUUACCAGAAGCUAGUUUCAAGCUUAUACCAGACUACAAUGAAAGAGUGGUUGAUGCUCCACCUCGGCCCAAUGCCUACAUCCGUUUUAUCGAGAAGUCAGCAGAGGAACUGGAUGGAGAGGUGGAGUAUGAUGUGGACGAGGAAGAUACAGCAUGGCUGGCGAUCAUCAACAAGAUGCGGGUGAAGCAGAACCUGCCUCCGGUGUCUGUGGACACGUUGGAGUUGCUGAUGGAUAGAUUGGAAAAGGAAUCGUACUUUCAGGCAACUCAAAGUGGGCAACAGACAGCAGCAGCGGUGGAUGAGGACGCAGUUUGCUGCAUCUGCAUGGACGGAGAAUGUCAGAACACCAACGUCAUUCUGUUCUGUGACAUGUGCAACUUGGCUGUGCACCAGGAUUGUUAUGGAGUUCCAUACAUCCCAGAAGGCCAGUGGCUAUGUCGACGCUGCCUGCAGUCGCCUUCACGCCUUGUCAACUGUGUGCUUUGCCCAAACACUGGAGGUGCAUUCAAGCAAACUGAUCAAGGAACAUGGGCUCAUGUUGUGUGUGCCCUCUGGAUACCAGAGGUCCGCUUCGCCAAUACAGUAUUCUUGGAGCCAAUAGAUUCGAUCGAGAUGAUCCCAGCGGCCCGUUGGAAACUCCAGUGCAUGGUGUGCAAGCAGCGUGGCGCCGGCGCCUGCAUCCAGUGCCACCGCAGCAACUGCUACUCCGCCUUCCACGUCACCUGCGCGCAGCAAGCCGGGUUAUACAUGAAGAUGGAGGCGGCGGGCGCGGGCCGCGACCCUUCGCAGCCCGUGCAGGUGGCCAAGAUGGCCUACUGCGACGCGCACACGCCCGCGCACGUGCUACAGGAAAGAAGAGCUCAGGAGUCUGAAGGAGAUUCAAAAUCAACAGAUUUGACUGCUAUCAGACAAAAAGGAAGAGAGAAAAUAAUCCAGGCGCGUCGAGUGCUAGCGAUGAAGCGUACUUGGGCUCCAGUGGUUUUAGUACCGACUUUACCCGCCGAGCGUGUGUCGGAGGUGGCAGCACUGGCGCGCGGGCCGCCCGCCGCGCGCGCGCAGCUCAUGAAGCGCCUGCUCGCCUACUGGACGCUCAAGCGACACAACCGGAACGGAGUGCCGCUGCUGCGCCGUCUGCAGAGCCUCACUAGCCACCACGGUACUCGAGGAAUCCAAGAUGGCACUGUGAAUGUGAGGGAACUUUGUAACCAGCUGAAAUACUGGCAGAGAAUACGCCAGGAUUUGGAACGUGCUAGAUUACUAUGCGAGCUGGUUCGCAAGCGGGAGCGCCUUAAGGCGGAGUACACACGCGUGUGGGAGCGCUGCGUGCUGCACUCGCUGCGGCCCGAGCGCGCCGUGCUGCACAAGCUGCUGCGGCUGCUGCGGCAGCGCGACGCCAGCGACAUCUUCACCGAGCCCGUGGACUUGAACGAGGUGCCGGACUACAGCAGCAUCGUGAAGCACCCGAUGGACCUCAGCACGAUGGGCAAGAAGCUGGAGCGCGGCGCCUACGCCUCCGUCGACGACGUGGAGGCAGACUUCCGCCUCAUGAUCGACAACUGCCUCGCCUACAACAAUAAGGACACCGUCUUCUACAAGGCCGGUGUGAAAAUGCGAGAGCAAUGCUUACCGAUCUUCCGCCAAGCGCGGCGCGACGUGCGAGCGGCCGGCUUACCCGAACUGGCUGGCUCCGGGCCGGGUUUAGCCGACGACAGCCCCGAGCGAGACAGAACGAGCCGCCGCCUCAGUGCAGACAGAGACAGGAUCAGCCGCCGGGCGAGCUCCGAGCGGGACAGAAUCAGCCGUCGCAGCCCGGAGCGAGGCCGAGUUAGCCGCCGGGGCAGUCCCGAGCUAGAUCGAACCAGUCGACGAGGCAGUGUAGAGAGAGACCGCACUAGCCGUCGAGGCAGCUUAGAAAGAGAUAGGACUAGUCGUCGGGGCAGUCCAGAAAGAGAUAGGACGAGCCGCCGGGGCAGUCCAGAAAGAGACAGGAUGAGCCGUCGUGGUAGCACAACCAGUCGCCGCGGGAGUCCGAUCAGUCGUCGCGGCAGUCUAGAGAGAGAUAGAGCUAGUCGGGCGCGCAGUCCCGAACGAGGCAGGAGCGUUCGGCGGGGAAGUCCCGAACGCGACCGAAUGAGCCGGCGAGGCAGUUCCGAGCGAGAUAGGUUGAGUCGUCGGGGUAGUCCAGAAAGGGAGAGAACCAGUCGUCGCCUUAGUGUAGAGCGAGAGAGGACUACUAGGCGGAGUGCUGAGCGUGAGAGGGCAAGCCGGCGCCGCAGCCCCGAGCGUGGAAGGAGCCGCCGCAGGAGCCCCGAGCGAGGCAGGCCCGGGCGCCGCCCCAGCCUCGCGAGACAGAAGAGGGGCCGGCCCGUGAGUCGCGCCUUGGCCAGUGACAGCGACCAUACCGCUGACACACGAAGCGAACGGAGCGUUUCCCUGGCCCGCAGCGAAAGGAGACGGCCCAGUCCUUGCAGAGAUUCUGAUGAUGACAACAAUACGCGCGAGUCAUCCCCGGCUCGCACGGUGGGGCGUCCGCGGGGCCGCUGGCGCGGGCGCGGGCGGGGCGUGCGCGGACGGCGCGGGCGCAGGGGCCGCGGCAGGCCGCCGCUGCACGCCGCGCGACCGCUGCUGGACAACGCUGGUCUAGGUGCUAGUUGCUACAGCGCGAGACGUCGCUGUCGCGGGCGCGGGCGGGGCGCGCGCGGCCGGCGCGGGCGCAGGGGCCGCGGCAGGCCCCCGCUGCACGCCGCGCGACCGCUGCUGAACAAUGGAGUGCGCGAACUCGCACAGCGCGAUCCAGUUACUGCGACUACUCGUGAGGUCCUGGUGAUAAACAGGUCCUCGCUCGGCUCUCCGUAUCGCAUCCAGCAUCUUCUGUCGAGCUUCGUCAUAGAGGUUACAUUCCCGAAGUGCGUGAUCGCGGCUCUCUUCGACUUCCUCGCCCCGAGUGAGAGCCUCACCGCCACGAUGGGAAAGAACUGGUACAGCUCACGUCCGUCGCUGCUGGUAUCCCACCGCUCCUGCCAAAAGGCCACGGCAUCCUCUCUAAUGAUGCGCUUCAAUUCCCGGCGCUCCCUGGGGGCCAGUUGGAUUCCCUCCUCCGCAAGUCGUCCUGCACGAGAGACUUUCAGGUCGGCGGGCAACACGCCGGCAAGCACAGAAACGCCGACCUCGGGUUCGGAGACGCCCAUUCCGCCCCGGAAGAGCGUGGAGCGAACUCACAAGCUGGUCACGCCGGAGAAGUCGCCCAUAAAACAAUCUGACUCAACACCCAGCUUAGGUCUUUUGGGUGGACUUCGGAAACCAACAUUACUUCUGCCUCCGUCUACGGGCUCAGCGCCACCAAAGAGUUUCGGAUCUGAUGCAACUCUGCCCACUCUGUCGGGCAGCCUGGGCCGCGCGGCGUCGGCGUCGCCCAAGAAGAAGGGCCGCGGCCGCCCGCGCAAGGCCGACAAGAAGCAGAGGAACGCGUCUCCUGACCUGUUCAGAUCGAUGCAGAGCGGGUCGGGCAAGCCGCCGGCGGCGCCGGUGGCGGCGGCCUUCCUGCAGUACCGCGGGCCGCCUGGCGAGGUCGGCUCCGACAGCGACCUGGCGCUCUCCAGGUCGUCGAGCAGUAGCUCGGCGUGGUCGCAGUCGUGCUCGUCGUGCACGCACUACGACGACGACAACGGCUCCACGCACUCCUGCGACCUCAGCUCCUCCGACGCGUCAAGCGGCCCGGAGCGCACGGGCCGCCGCCGCACGCGCCGCGCCGACGCCUCCGACCCGGAACCCUCUACUCCUGUCAAGGGGCGCGGCACGCGGUCGUCGGCGUCCAAGACGCCCGUCAAGAGCGCCGGCGCGCCGCUCGAGCCGCUGCAGCUGGUGUGGGCCAAGUGCCGAGGCUAUCCGUGGUACCCAGCGCUGAUAAUCGACCCAAAAAUCCCGAAAGGCUUCAUCUACAACGGCGUGCCGCUGCCCGUCCCGCCACAAGACGUUCUCAAUCUCAAGAAGAACCACUCGCACGAACCGGUCCUCUAUCUCGUUCUAUUCUUCGAUGUCAAACGAACCUGGCAGUGGCUGCCGCCGAACAAACUCGAACUCCUGGGCGCCGACAAAGCCGUCGACCAGGCAAAACUGGUCGAAUCCAGAAAGCCGACCGAACGGAAAGCCGUCAAAAAGGCGUUCGGCGACGCCAUGCAGUUCCGGAAGCAGGUCGACGGAGAGAAAUGACAAAGGUUUAGGGACCGGCCGCGGCGGUCGCGUAAGACUUUCAGCUUCGGGAAUUUCUCGCUGUCAAACAUCAGAACGCCGGAGACCACCGAUUCCAGUGAUUAGAUUGUGGUGCAGUGAUUGCGGUGAAAUACCGGCCCAGUACUGAAAAUAGAUGUUUGAAUGUGAAAUCUGAACUGCGUGUAGUGGUAGAUAGGUAGUGCGUAGGGCUGUACAGAUGGUUAAAACUUUGAUGAAGAUGACCAAGAGGUCGUAGAAUAGAUAUUAGAGAUAAGUUCUCACAGGCAGCAAAUAGCUAUCGAAUAUAUUGAUAUCACACUAAGAUUGUUAAGGUUGUACAAGUUUGCAUGCAAAGAGAUCUGAAGAGGAGUUACAAUUUCUUGUUGUAUGUUGAAAUUAUGAUGAAUAUAAUACAAUUAAUUACAUGUAGAAUAAAUACUAAUAAACUUAAAAAUAAUAGAAUCUGCUUAUAAAAUAACUACUUAAAUUAAUAAAUUGUGGGUAUUUAGUUCUAAGUUUACCUGGCUAUGGCAAAGCAAAGAGUUAUGAUUAUUCAACCAAACUUCUAUGUAGUUGUGUUAAAUAAAAUUAAUGGAUGUAAUCCUAGAAUGUUACAACAUAUUAAUAUAAUGUUUUAAUGUUGUCUGUAUAAUCGUUAUUAUAACUCCAGCUAUUAAGACCAUGGAUUC